AAAACGCCCGAAAAAUAAAUCCGAAAAUCCCCAUUCCUCCUCCUCAGCCUUCCCCUUCCUUCCUCCCCCAUUGAUCCCCUUCCCCUGUCCUCUUGUCUCCCAAAUCGCCAGCGAGCCAUGCCGCCUCCUCCCCUCCCCUCGCCGCACCUGACCGGCUGACCCCACCUCCCCACUGCUCUCCCUCUCCCUGCCACCUGGGACCCACCGCCUUCGCCUUCCCGUCGCCACCAAAUCCCCAAAUCCCCGAGGGAAGAGGAGGGGAUUCGUUCGUUGGCUGAUCGAUCGACCGAUCCGCCGCCACCGGCCUCCCAAUCCGCCGCUGCCGCCAUGUUCAACAAGAUCAUCAAGCGGGGGAACCGCAAGAGCGCGCGCGGGGACAGCGCGGAGCCAGGGGCGCGCCCCGCCGCGCCCUCGUCGUCCUCCGGGGGCGGUGGUGGCGGCGCGGGGGGAGCCGCGCCCGUCACCGUUAACCACGCCUCCCGGGCCUCCGCCGCGACGCCGUCCUCGCCGACCUCGCCGCACGUGGCGCCGUCCGCGCUCGCGACCAACCCCGCGGCGGGGGCUGCGUCGCCGCCGCUCCUCGAGCCGCUCCCGCUCCUCCGCGAUGUCGCCGCCGCCGACCGCCCGGGGCUUCUCCUCCGCAAGCUCCGCCUCGUCGCCGCUAUCUUCGACCUCUCGGACUCGCUCAAGCAUCCGCGGGAGAAGGAGGCCAAGCGCCAGGCGCUCCUCGAGCUCGUCGAUUACGUGCAGGCCCCCGCGCAGGCCGCGGGUGCCAACGCGCCCGCGCGCCUCCCGGACCACGUCCAGGAGGCGCUCGUCGCCGCCAUCUCCGCCAACAUCUUCCGCACACUUCCGCCUGCGCUGCACGAGUCCGCUGCGACGAUCGACCCCGGUGCCACACCUGAUGACGAGGAGGAGCCCUACCUCGACCCCGCCUGGCCGCACCUCCAGCUCGUCUAUGAUCUACUGCUCCGGUAUGUCGUGUCUCCUGACACCGACACCAAGGUUGCCAAGCGGUACGUGGACCAUGCCUUCGUGCUCCGCCUCCUCGACCUCUUUGACUCCGAGGAUCCCCGUGAGCGUGAGUACCUCAAGACUGUGCUCCACCGCAUCUAUGGCAAGUUCAUGGUACACCGCCCAUUCAUCCGCAAGGCCAUCAACAAUGUGUUCUACCGGUUCAUCUUUGAGACGCAGCGCCACAAUGGCAUAGGGGAGCUCCUUGAGAUCCUUGGAAGCAUCAUUAAUGGCUUUGCCUUGCCAAUGAAGGAGGAGCACAAGCUGUUCCUUGCCCGUGCUCUCAUCCCCCUGCACAAGCCCAAGUCUGUUGCAAUCUACCAUCAGCAGCUAUCCUACUGUAUUGUUCAGUUCGUUGAGAAGGACUACAAAUUAGCAGAUACUGUGAUCAGGGGACUGCUCAAAUACUGGCCAGUCACAAAUUGCCAGAAGGAGGUGUUGUUUCUGGGAGAGCUAGAAGAAGUGCUCGAGGCGACACAGCCUGCAGAGUUCCAGCGUUGCAUGGUGCCACUCUUUAAGCAGAUUGGCCGGUGCCUUAACAGUUCUCAUUUCCAGGCGGUAAGGGGAGGCGUGGCCACCCACCCCCUUCAAGACGCCUAGGCGAGUAAGGCGCGUGGCGAGGCGACGCCAUACUCAUCCUAAUCUAAGAUGAAGCAGCAUAAACAUACCUUGUUGCUGUCAAUUCUGAAGCCGAGAGUAGCAAGUGGCAAAACUAAGAAAAAUGCAGUAAGGUAGAAUCACAUGAAUCAGUCAUCGGGCACACAUUCACACAAAGCUACCUUAUAUAAUCCGUAUAGUGGAGCAGAGCAGCCAAUGCUGUUUGCCUCCCACCUCAGGAAGCACAGCAGAGCAGAGUAUAUCCAUGUCCAAGCUAACCAAGCAUAAGCAAUAGAGCAGAGGAAGGGAGAGGAAGAGGUACGUGCAUGGCGAGCAGACCGGGAGGACGAGGAGGCGGAGCAGAGCACAGAGCAGAAGGGACGAGACGACGAGUGCCUGGAUGUAGAUGUAGGCGGACUGGAUUGGUCGCAGGCUCGCAGCAGAGGGAUGGAGCUGCUGGACCAAGGUGUGGGCGCAGCUGGACUGAGGCUCCGCGCCGCCGGCGAGGAUUCGGAGAGCCGCCGCCCUCUUCUCCUUUCGUUUCUCCUUCCCUCAUUCUGAAUCAGUGCGCGGCACAGAUGGGGUCGCUUGGGGAGGUGUAGGCGUGCGAUUCUUGCUCCCGCUGUUUCUCCCGUGCGCAAUUCUUUCGGCUCCCGCACGCGCGACUCCGCGCCGUGCCUCUUUUCCGCGCGCGCAACUUUGCGCCAUGCUCUUUGCUCCCCGCGCGCAGAGUCGAUUUGGCUCGUGCGGCGUCCGCUGGGCGGAACAACGACGCCAAUCAUGCCUAGGCGACGACUUUGGACCCCAUACACGGGGAGGGCGUGGCGACCGCGACGCCAGGAUUGAAAUUCCGCCCGGACGCCAAGGCGACGCGUAGGCAAUGACUUGAGAACCAUGGUGCUACUACAAUAAAGCUUGCUGUUCUAGACUACUCUUGUGUAGUUGUAACAUUUCUUGUAUGCCAUUGACUCCAGACCCCACUGUGCCUCCUCAUGAAAUCAGUUGGUUAUAAUUAUUUGUUCAAACUUCCUCUGUAUUGGGUCCAACCAUUUUCCUCUAUUUUAUUUUUAAGCAUUUCAAGAGCACCAGUACUCUGCGGGUGUUAAAUACUCGAUUGUGAUGCUUGCUGGAUACUAAUUUACGACAGUUUCUAUUCAGCUUGAUCAUUAUGCAAGUAUAGUGCACUUUCUUCUUGAAUAGUUCGUUAAUGCCUCUUCAUAGUGCAAUACUGAGUGUUGGUUGAUAAAGUGCUCCGAGUCAUUCUCAACUCAUGAAGUUUGGAGUUGGUUUCUAGCUAAACACAUCCAUUUAAUCAACUGUGGCGCAGUAAUGUCCUUUUUCAUUAUAGCGUUUGGUUAUACUAUUGGAGACUAGAUACAUGAUACGUUUUGCUUGUAUACACCCAAGCUAUAUUGUUUGCACGAAUGAUUGAAAUUCUGUUUCUUUGGUUCUACACUCAAACCAUUAUACCUUAUUUCAAUAUUGUGGCCUUGUGGGCACCAAUACCAGGACCUUAUGGAACAAUUUGCUGAAUGGUCCUUUCUCUGCUUAGUUUCAUCUCAUCAUGUAUCUCUGCGCCAUGUUCCAAUGAUGGCUCUUCCACUCAAUGAUUUCUUUCCUGGUCUUCGCCUAUGAAAUAUUUUUUUCCUACUCCUUUUAUCAUUUUUAUGGAUAUGUUGACCCUGCUAGGUAUAUUCUGCAAUAAAGAAUUUAAAAAAAUCAGCUACCCUUGCUGAACAAAAUCUGCUCCCUAUUGUUUGUUCUGACAAGUAUUUCACUAUAUUAAGCUGCUAGCUCCUGCUACUGUGAUACAUGACCUCUCCAUGUCUGAUUCUUUUGCUU